UCUCAACGUUUGGUUUUUCUCCCCUGAAUUCUUCCCUUUCCAUUGUAUAAAGCCCCCGAUCCUUCACAUAUCUCAAAGCAAAACAGAAUCCUAGAGAGACCCUUUCUUAUCCCACUACCCCUCACAACAAAUGUCUCCCCAAUCCUCCCCCAUCCCCUGUUGCUUCCAACCAACCCCCACCAAUGACAAUCCCCGCCACUCUCCGCCACAACCGCCGCCCGUCUCCGGCAACGCCAACCUCACCACCUGCCUCUACCACACUCAACUCGGCCUCUUUUCCCUCACCUGGUCUCGCUCCCUCCUCACCCACUCUCUCAACCUCAAUCUCCUCCACGACCAUCACCACCCAUUUGAAUCUCCUCCACUUUCUUCUUCUUCUUCUUCUCCGUAUUCUUUCCACCUCCACAUCGCCCCCUUCGUUUUCUGGAAAAAGCAUGGAUGCAAGAAGCUCAACUCCAACACCCAAAUCUUUUGGGACCUGACAAAAGCCAAGUUCAGGUCCGCCGGACCUGAACCCCAUUCAGGCUUCUACAUCGCCGUAGUUGUUGACGGCGAAAUGACUCUUCUCGUCGGCAACUGCACUAAAGAAGCCUACGCCAAAACCAAGGCCCAGAAGCCUAAAAGUUCCCAGGUUCUUGUCCUGAGAAGAGAGCAUGUCUUCGCCAACAAAAUCUACACCACGAGAGCAAGAAUUGGAGGCAAAACGAGAGAAAUACAGAUAGAUUGCGGGUACAAUGAUGACACCAGGCUCUGUUUCUUCGUCGACAACAAAAAGGUGUUGCAGAUAAAGCGCUUAAAGUGGAAAUUUAGAGGCAACGAGAGAAUCGAAGUCGAUGGGGUGCCCAUUCAGAUCUCGUGGGACGUGUACAACUGGUUAUUCGAGAAAGACAACGACGAUGGGCGUGCUGUUUUCAUGUUCAGGUUCGAAGAAGAAGAAGAAGAAAAGGAAAAAGAAAAGGAGGCGAAUUCUUUGAGCGAGAAAAACGGGACGGCUUUGUGGGGGCAACAGAGCUGGAGUACUGGGUUGAGUCGGAUCGAAUGGAGGAAGAUGAGGAAGAGCCUGUCGUCGUCGUCGGUGUCCAUGUCGUCGUCGGCGGGGUCAUCCGGAGGAAGCUCUGUGAUGGAGUGGGCUACAACGGAGGAGAGUGAGUUGGUCGGCCCAUCUGGGUUUUCUCUGGUGGUUUAUGCUUGGAAGAGGUGAAGAUUGUCUCUGUUCUGUUUUGUUCUGUUCUGUUCCAAUUUGGUAAAAAUCCUCCAUUAAUUGAUUUAGUUUCUCUCACUAACCCCAUUUGUUGUUGAAUCUAAAAGAAUAAAGACGAUGUGAACUUCAUUCAUACAUACAUAGCAGCUAGAUCUAACACCUUUCCUUUCAAAAGGAAAACCAAAUUCUCUCUCUUUCCUGUGGGAUUUCUUGUACUUGUAUAAUACUUGUAUCCCUAUUUUUUUUUGUCAUAUAUUUGGUACAUUAAGGUUGUCAAAUUUGAAUACGAUGUUGAUAAUGUUGAGUUAAGCUUGUUGUAUAUUUUACUUGAACGAACAUAAAGAAGAAGAACAGAGGAAGCCAGGUAGGCAUCUUCUUGUUUGCUCAAUUA